CCCACCGCCGGGCCCCGCCCUCCGCGCUCGGGGCUGGGGAUCCCACCUCCCUGGCCGCUUCGCCCCUGGGGGGACCAGAGCAGCUUUGUUCUUGGGCAGCAGCUGGGCUGGCUGCCGCUGCUGCAUUUUUUUCCUCCCAAGGAGGUGUCUCCCGUUUCCUUAUUUUUCUGUUUCUCACAAACUUUCUGUUUUAUCCUCUAAGUGCCAAGACUCACCUUUUUUACAGUAUUUAUUUAGUUAGUGGUCGGAUAACUAGCUCUCUCUCCGGACCCCGGCCGGGGCCAAUUCGCCAGAGAUAUUACAGGUCUAACCUAGGGAGUCAGUUUGCUAGAUUGGGGGGAGGGUGGGCGGGGCCGCUGGCAGGUGACACCCCCCGCCCGGGAGGGGGCUGCCUGGGGCUCGCGGCUUCUCCAGACUCGCUUCUUCUGGAUCCGCCUGGACUGGGACCCCGGCUGGCAUCCCCCUGAGCCUCGCCCCUGCCAGGACAUGUUCCAGUAGACCCUCACGGUGUCUCUUCCUGGCCAAGAAAUGCUGGUUCCCAAGCACGAGAGAGCCAUGGGCCGCCUGCGAGGGAACGUUGUGGCCGGCCUCCUGUGGAUGCUGCUGCUUUGGAGUGGGGACCGUGGCUGUCAGGCCCAGAGGGCAGGUUGCAAAACCGUCCACUACGACCUGGUGUUCGUGCUGGACUCCUCCUCGAGCGUGGGCAAAGAGAACUUCGAGAAGGUCCGGCAGUGGGUGGCCAACCUGGUGGACACGUUCGAGGUGGGCCCGGAGCGCACGCGAGUGGGCGUGGUGCACUACAGCGACCGCCCGGCCACGGCCUUCGAGCUGGGCCGCUUCGGCUCGCGGGCCGCGGUGCGCGCGGCGGCGCGGCAGCUGGCCUACCACGGCGGCCACACGCACACAGGCGACGCGCUGCGCUACAUCACGCGCCACAGCUUCGCGCCGCGAGCCGGCGGCCGCCCCGGGGACCGCGCCUUCAAGCAGGUGGCCAUCCUGCUGACCGAUGGCCGCAGCCAGGACCUGGUGCUGCCCGCCGCCACGGCUGCGCGCCGCGCUGGCAUCCGCAUCUUUGCCGUGGGCGUGGGCGAGGCUCUGCGCGAGGAGCUAGAGGAGAUCGCCUCCGAGCCCACAGCGGCGCACGUCUUCCACGUGUCUGACUUCGACGCCAUCGACAAGAUCCGGGGCAAGCUGCGGCGCCGCCUGUGCGAGAAUGUGCUCUGCCCCAGCGUUCGUGUGGAAGGAGAUCGCUUUAAGCACACCAAUGGCGGAACCAAGGAGAUCACAGGUUUUGACCUGAUGGACUUGUUCAGUGUGAAGACGCUCUUGGGGGAGAGAGAGAACGGGGCGCAGAGCUCCUACGUCCGGAUGGGAUCCUUCCCUGUGGUGCAGAGGACAGAGGACGUGUUCCCGCAAGGCUUGCCCGAUGAGUACGCCUUUGUCACCACCUUCCGGCUCAGGAAAUCAUCCCGGAGAGAAGACUGGUACAUCUGGCAGGUCAUCGACCAGUACGGCAUCCCGCAGGUGUCCAUCCGGCUGGACGGCGAGAACAAGGCCGUGGAGUACAGCGCCGUGGGCGCCAUGAAGGACGCCGUCAGGGUGGUCUUCCGGGGCCCCCGGGUCCACGACCUCUUCGACCGGGACUGGCACAAGGUGGCCCUGAGCGUGCAGGCCCAGCACGCCUCCCUGUACGUCGACUGUGCGCUGGUGCAGACGCUGCCCCUCGAGGAGCGGGAGAACAUCGACAUCCAGGGCAAGACGGCGAUCGGCAAGCGCCUCUACGACAGCGUGCCCGUCGACUUUGACCUCCAACGGGUCGUGAUUUACUGCGACUCCCGACACGCGGAACUGGAGACCUGCUGUGACAUCCCCUCGGGUCCGUGUCAGGUGACCGUGCUGACGGAACCCUCCCCGCCACCCCAGCCGCCUCCCACCUCUGGCAGUGAGCAGAUCGGGUUUUUGAAGACCAUCAACUGCUCCUGCCCACCUGGAGAAAAGGGUGAGAAGGGCUUCGAUGGCCCCGUGGGACUCCCUGGCCCAAAGGGAGACAUGGGAGCCACUGGGCCAGCAGGCGCUCCUGGACCCAAGGGAGAGAAAGGAGAUACGGGCAGAGGACCUUUUGUGCAAGGAGAAAAGGGUGAAAAGGGUCUGAUGGGUCCAGAAGGCAAGGAUGGACCUCCUGGUUUGCAAGGUCUCCGAGGAAAGAGAGGUGAGGCGGGUCCUCCUGGAGUCCCUGGCUUGCUGGGGCAGCAGGGCCCCCCAGGACCACCUGGCGUCCCAGGCCCCCCUGGACCCGGAGGCCCCCCGGGUCUGCCUGGAGAGAUCGGCUUCCCGGGAAAGCCUGGGCCCCCCGGGCAGGCGGGACCGCCUGGAAAGGAUGGGCCGAAUGGACCCCCAGGCCUGCCAGGACCGAAGGGAGACCCAGGAGACAGAGGGGAGGACGGUCAGCCCGGACAGCGCGGCCCGCGGGGUGAAGUUGGGGAGCAGGGCCUGGCUGGCCGACCUGGAGAAAAGGGAGAGGCGGGGCUCCCAGGCUUCCCAGGACUCCCAGGUGCAAGGGGAGAGCAAGGCAACCAGGGAGAGAAAGGUGCCCUGGGGCUUCCGGGACUGAAAGGCGACCAAGGUGUAAAGGGUGACGUGGGCCCACCAGGGCCCCCUGGAUUACCUGGCACUACUUCCCUGUUCACACCACACCCAAGAAUGCCCGGAGAACCAGGGCCCAGGGGAGAGAAGGGCGAUCCUGGCGCGCCUGGGGAGCCGGGGUCGCCAGGUCAUCCUGGAGAACUAGGGCCUCGGGGACCCACUGGACCACCGGGCGCCAAGGGACAAGAAGGCGCCCAGGGAGCGCCCGGAGCAGCCGGGAGCCCCGGAGCUCCUGGACUUGUAGGGCCCCCUGGCCCCAGCGGCCCCCCAGGAAGCGUGGGUACCCCGGGCUCCAGAGGCCCCCCUGGGAAAGAUGGGGAGCGUGGUGAGAAGGGAGCAGCGGGAGAAGAAGGGAGCCCAGGGCCAGCUGGCCCCAGGGGCGAUCCUGGUUCCCCCGGGCCCCCUGGGCCCCCUGGAAGAGGGAAAGACGGAGACCCGGGACUUCGUGGCCCACCUGGAUUGCCAGGACCUCUGGGAACCAAGGGGGACCGUGGUGCGCCUGGGAUCCCCGGCUCUCCUGGCAACCGUGGAGAGCCAGGCAUGGCGGUCGCCGGCCCUCCGGGCCCCUCUGGACCACCAGGAGAAAAAGGUCCUCCGGGAUCUCGAGGCCCGCCUGGGUUUCCCGGCCCCCAGGGACCAGCUGGCCAGGAUGGUGUACCAGGAAAUCCGGGAGAAAGAGGGCCUCCUGGCAAACCAGGCCCCUCUUCAGUACUGUCUCCAGGGGACGUAAAUCUCUUGGUGAAGGACGUGUGCAAUGACUGUCCCCCGGGCCCCCCAGGCCUCCCUGGUCUUCCAGGUUUUAAAGGGGACAAAGGUCUCCCAGGAAAGCCAGGGAGAGAAGGCACAGAAGGGAAAAAGGGGGAUGCUGGGCCCAGAGGCCUCCCAGGGCCCCCAGGAAUAGCUGGACCACAGGGAAAUAAAGGAGAACAUGGUGCAGAUGGUGAGAUUGGACAGAAAGGUGACCAGGGUCAUCCCGGAGUUCCUGGUUUCAUGGGCCCCCCAGGGGACCCCGGACCACCAGGAGCAGAUGGAAUAGCGGGAGCUGCUGGACCACCAGGAAUCCAAGGACCCCCAGGGAAAGAAGGUCCUCCUGGCCCCCAAGGCCCAUCUGGAUUACCCGGCAUCCCAGGAGAAGAAGGCAAAGAGGGCAGAGAUGGAAAACCAGGGCCCCCCGGAGAGCCGGGCAAAACAGGAGAGCCGGGUCUGCCAGGACCAGAGGGUGCCCGCGGUCCCCCUGGCUUCAAGGGACACACAGGCGACUCUGGCCCGCCUGGCCCCCGGGGAGAGCCCGGCGCCAUGGGGCCCCCUGGCCAGGAAGGGUCACCAGGGAAAGAUGGUGACACCGGACCCCCAGGGCCACAGGGUCCCCAAGGACUGAGGGGCCUAGCGGGUAAGAGUGGAUCGCCUGGAUCACCGGGAGAGCCUGGCACCCCAGGAAGCCCUGGCCAGAAGGGAACCAAAGGAGAAAACGGCAGCCCAGGGCUCCCGGGCUUCCUGGGUCCCCGGGGGCCUCAGGGGGAGCCAGGAGAGAAAGGAGUCCCAGGCAAGGAGGGGGCACCUGGAAAGCCAGGAGAGCCAGGACUCAGAGGAGAAAGGGGAGAUCCUGGCAUCAAAGGUGACAAAGGCCCUCCCGGUGGUAAGGGCCAGCCUGGUGACCCUGGGAUCCCAGGCCACAAGGGUCACACAGGCCUCAUGGGCCCCCAGGGGCCACCUGGGGAGAACGGGCUGGCCGGUCCCCCGGGGCCUCCGGGCCAGCCAGGAUUUCCAGGGCUAAGGGGCGAGUCUCCAUCCAUGGACAUCCUGCGGCGGCUCAUCCAAGAGGAACUGGAAAAACAGCUGGAAACCAAACUCACCUACCUCCUGGCCCAGAUGCCCUCUGCGCACACGAAGGCCUCUCAAGGCAGACCCGGACCCCCAGGGCCUCCUGGAAAAGAUGGGCUUCCAGGUCGGGCAGGCCCCAUCGGGGAGCCAGGAAGGCCAGGGCAGGGGGGUCUGGAGGGACCCUCUGGCCCCAUAGGUCCCAAAGGUGAGCGAGGAGUCAAAGGUGACCCAGGUGCACCUGGAGUUGGCCUCCGAGGCGAGAUGGGACCCCCCGGGAUCCCAGGUCAGCCCGGGGAACCUGGAUAUGCUAAAGAUGGGCUUCCCGGGAGUCCCGGGCCUCAAGGAGAGACAGGACCGGCUGGACACCCCGGCCCCCCAGGUCCCCCCGGCCCCCCGGGCCAGUGUGACCCCUCGCAGUGUGCCUACUUCGCCAGCCUUGCUGCUGCUCGACCUGGUAACGUGAAGGGCCCCUAGAAGAUGCCAGGAUGCCAGGAGAUGCUGGUGGAUUUCUGAAACUUGAACGCACAGCCCGAUGGGAAGCCAGAGGUCUUGAGACAUUUCAGCCAUGUGGUUUUUGUUUUCCUUUCUUUCUUUUAUCACGUGUGUGUGUGUGUGUGUUUUCUGUCUUGUUUUUCUUAAGAGACCUCAACAUUAUUAAAACCAACAGAUGCUGCCGGUCGGUCAGAUUAUAAUAUUAUUAUUGAUAAUUAUUAUUAUUGUUAUUUCAUAUGGCAAUGCUUUUCGAGUUUUUCCCCUCUGCUCUGAAGUUGGGGAAACCGGAUUCGUGAGGCAGAGAACAUUGCUCGCUCUCCUGACGGCCCCCAGUUGAAGUGUAGCUGCCAAUUCUAAGGAAACUCGCGGUGCUAUGAAACCCUGACCGGACACUUGCCAAACUUACCUCUUUCCUCAAAAGGAAACUUUAAGAAAAUGAGGACAAUGGGCUUCUAUUCUUGGUUGUGCCCAGAGGUCGCCCAGGGAGAGAUUAGCUGACAGCCGCUGCUUCCCAGGAGAAGUAAGUGAAGCAGAAAGAGAAGGAAGGUGCAGACACGAAGUGCAGCCUCUGCUCUGGAUGGCGGGUGCACGCAGAAGCGGGCAGGUCCGUCCUCUGGGAGCGGCUCAGCGCCUCCAGGUCCCAAGCCUGCAGAAGGGAGACACUGCACACGGCUGGAGGCUGCUUCCUGGAAUCUCGCAGCGUCUGCACCAAAAAUGUGGGAGCUGACACAGAAAAAGAUGCCCCUGUGUGUUCACUUGGCUUCUGAGCAUGGAUAGGCUCCUCCGUGCCCCCUGUGUUGGUUUCACUCACUUUCAUUUUGAAAUAAGAGGGUCCAGAGACCACUCCCGUGUGUCUGAUGCCGGGCAGUUGGCCGGGGUGCUGGCCAGAGCUGGGAAGCAUGUGUCUCCAGCUUCUGGCAUUGAGUGUAUAUUUGUGAAUGACUCGCCCAGCUCAACAGGUGCUCAAUAAAUCCGAGUUUCCUUUU